AAAAUAACGACUCUCAAGCUGCUGAAUCGGACACAACGCCGACACUCAUCAUCGCAGACUCGUGGGUCGUCUGCUGCAACUGUGGAAAGAGGCUGCCGAGAGGGCAGACGGUUUACCAGCCGAAGAGGUCUUUAGAGGUUUUCUGCUCAGCCUCCUGUCUCUCUGAGAGGCAUCCACACAUCAAAGAAGUCACCAAAACCUGCUACAACUGCCUCCAGGUGAUAAUGCGGCCUCACAACAUGAUCCUGGCUCCGGUGGACGACUCAGGAACCAUGAAGGAGUUAUGCAGUGAAACCUGCCUCUCCUCUGUCAAAUCCAAGAUCAACAUGGCUGCCCCGAAACCCCCGCCGCUAGUGGGACCUCGUUCAGAGUGCAGGAUGUGCGCCAGAUUUUGUUAUUGCAAAUUCAAGCUGACCCUGGACGGCACGCUCCACAGACUUUGCAGCGACACCUGCUUCAUCAACUAUCACGAAGCCAACAACCUGCCCGUGUUUCUCUGUGACGUCUGCAGCUCUGUCUGCCUCGACAAACGAUUCACGCUGAAGAUGGAGGACGGCAGUAAAACCAUCUGCAGAGAGGAAUGUCUCGUCAAGUUCAAAGAGAAAGUAAAGACUCCUCAUCUGUGCCCCAUGUGCCAGACUUCCCAUCAGAUGUCAGACAUGGUUGAAAGUAAAAACGAAGAGGGCAGGUUGGACUUCUUCUGCAGCAACAGAUGUAUGAUGGUCCACAAGGCUCAGUCUCUCACGGUGACAGAGAGGAACAGCCCUUUACAUGAGGAGUGUGAUAUUAAAGAUGUGAAGCCGGCGCUGCCAAAUCUGGACUGUAUAAAAGAAGAGCCCAUCGAUGAGGAGUACAACCAGAACCUCCCACCCUCCGUAUCCACAGAAAACAUCAAGGAUGAGCCGAAUGUUGCAAAGGAGGACCUGAAGAUUGGUUCUGUCUUUUCUUUGACUGGAGACUCUACGUCGGCCGCUCCCACCCUCGCCCACAUGGAUCUGCCUGCCUCCUGCUCCAACUGCAAAACGGUCCUGAUGGACGGAGAAACUGUUUACCAGAGGAAAGGCCACGCCGAUAUCUUCUGCGCCACUUCCUGCCUUUUAAAAUUUUACCAAAUCAAACCAGUUAAGAAGACCUGCCAGUUCUGUCUUCAGGUGUUAACACAGUCUCAGGACGUCCUCCAGGCUCCGGUGGAUACUGAAGGGACAAUGAAGGACUUCUGCAGCCAGACCUGCCUGUCCUCCUUCAACUACAAGAAAAUCAAGUCCACCAAAAUACCUGUUGUGCCACUUGCAUCCCAUUCACAGUGCAGCAUGUGCAACAGAUAUUGCAUUAGCAAACAUGAGAUCAUACAGCAGGGCGUCGUCCACAAGGUCUGCAGUGACCCCUGUUUUCUCCGUUUCUGCAACAUGAACAAGUUGCCCAUCUGUGAAAACUGUCACUCCCGCUGCAGCACACAGCUCAUGCUCAAGAUGGAAGACGGCAACAAAAAACUAUGCAGUGCAGAGUGUUUGGCCCAGUUCAAAAAGAAAAUCCAGACGCCGCAGCCGUGUGCCAUGUGCCGCACGUCUAACCUGAUGUCAGACAUGGUUGAAAACAAAAACAGUGAAGACAUGGUGGAGCUCUUCUGUACCAGCAGCUGUGUGAUGGCAUCAAAGAUCCAGGCGGUCAGUGCGUCAGGUAUUCCACUGAACUGUGACAACUGUGCAAAGACCACAGUGCCAGCCUGCCACCUCGCCAUGUCAGAUGCCUCCAUCAGAAACUUCUGCACUCUAACCUGUGCCAUGGCUUUCAAGGAGUCCCAGAAAGACCUGACCGCUGCCACUAACCCGACAGGAGCUCCUGACCAAACCCAGAGUGAUUUCCUCAAACCACCAGAGAAACUGCCAUGUGCCCAGUGUCGACGCAUUAUAAAAACUACACCCAAAGUCAUCCAGAAAAAGAGCAAAAUGAAUUUCGUGUGCAGCCUGGCCUGUUCUCAAGAGUUUAAGAGGGUCAACAACAUCAUGGGCAAGUGUGAAUACUGUAAGAAUGAACGGAUCAUCAGAGACGCCAAGAGGGUCGACAACAAAGACUGCUACUUCUGCAGUGACGGCUGCAAGAUGCUCUUUCGUCACGAUCUGGAGAGGGAGUGGGGCAAACACUGUCGCUCGUGUGUGUACUGCCAGUCCAUCUCCAGGACGGUGGUGACGGCAAAGUAUGAAGGCAAGGAUGAGGAGUUCUGCUCUGAAGACUGCAGCUCGAAAUACAACAUGCUCUUCUGCCGGGUUGCAAACUGCGACACCUGCGGUCGUAACGGGAAACUGAGGCAGAGUCUUCCCAUGCUGGGGGAGGUCAAACACUUCUGUGACCUGAAAUGUCUUUUACACUUCUGCAAUAAAAAGGUCCAGAUGGUCAACACAGUCUCUUCACCUCCCCGAGCCUCAAGUACAGCAGCUUCAGGCAAAACAGAGUCCUCCCCUGUCAUUGCUAACGUUAUCUCACUUGCUAGUGCUCUGGCUCAGCAGCGCAUCGCCCCUUCCAGCACUACACAACAUGCCUCCGUCAUGUCUGACAUUCAAACUAAGGUCAUUGGACAUGCCAGUAUUCAAACAGACCACAAGGAACUGAAGAACAAGUCCAUGCUCUGCACACCUCUGGUCCACAACAAAGGAGUCUCCUGUACGACACAGACUGUCGACACUGGAGCACAAACAGACACCUUUGUCCCCAAAGUCAUAACGCUGCCUAUCCCAGUGCCGGUGUAUGUUCCUCUGCCUAUGAACAUGUACAGCCAGUACACACCACAACCUGUGAACCUGCCGUUACCGCUGCCUGUGCCCAUGUUCCUCCCUGUGAGGUUGGACAGCCCUGAGCCAACAGUGAAAGAUGUGGAAGAGAGGAUCCAACCAGAACCCACCGAGGAAAAUCUCAUCUCAAAGUCUGAGCUGGAGACCAGGCAGGAUGACAGGAACGAGAGAGAGGACGGGCAGAAGUCCAGAGAGGUGACACAAGACGAAGAAAGACAAGAAACUCAAGCUCUUAAAGACCUCACCAGUAGCUGCACACACGACUUGGAUAAAGAGGACCUGGGUAGUUUCAGCAGCAAGGAGGACUCCUUCACUGAUGCCAGCCUCGGGUCACCCAGUCGACCUCACAGUCCAGCUCCUCCUCCUGCUCUGCAGAUGAAAGACGAGCCCCGGAGCUCGUUGAACCCUGCACCUGCACAGACUCUGGGCAAAGUCCACAACAAGAAUAAGGACUCGAAGGUGCAACAGAUGUCUAAGGCAUCAAGGGAGGAGACAUCUCAGGGAAACGUCUCUAAGGUCAUGUCCAGGAAGCACCACAAACUGAAGAGUCAGUGUGGGAUUGAUGCCUGGAAGAGAUGGAUUCAGUGGAGGGAAUCACAAACCAACCUGGACCCUGUUUCUUCACGUGCUGUGAGGUUAAAGGAGGACAUCCUUCGCUGCUCUGCAGCUGAACUGAGCGACAGCCUCUGCCGCUUCAUCAAUGAGGUGAAACAGCCUGAUGGAGAGUCGUACUCCCCUGACAGCCUGUUCUACCUGUGCCUCAGCAUACAACAGUUUCUGUUUGAAAACGGUCGUAUGGAGAACAUAUUCAGUGAUCUGAUCUACAACAAGUUCUCAACUGAGUUCACCAACAUACUGAGAGGUUUCAAACCAUCAAUCACAGCCAGCGGUUACGUCCAGUCCCGUGUGGAGGAGGAGUUUCUUUGGGACUGUAAACAGUUGGGGGCAUACUCCCCCAUCGUCCUCCUCAACACUUUGCUCUUUUUCUGCUGCAAGUACUUUGGCUUCACCUCGGUGGAGCAGCACCGCCAGCUGUCCUUCGCCCACGUCAGGCGCUGCACCAAAACCAACCCGAACAACACCAUGACCACCUUCCUGCGCUUCUACCCGCCCAUAUCCAUAGACGAAGCAGAGCCAGACACAGAUGGAGUCCCAGCUAAGAAACGUAAGAAAAAUGAGAGUGAAGAGGAUUUUCUGGAGAUGAUGGAGAACACGGAGAACCCUCUACGCUGCCCGGUCAGACUCUACGAGUUCUACCUCUCCAAGUGCUCGGAGUCGGUGAGGCAGCGCCGUGACUUGUUUUACCUCCGCCCAGAGCACCGCUGCGUUCCCAGCAGCCCUCUGUGGUUCUCCUCCACCCUCUUGGAUGACAGCACCUUGGAGGCCAUGCUCGUACGAACCCUCACUGUCCGAGAGUUGCAGGGGAAAGAUAGAGGAGCUGUGAACUGACAGACAGUGGAGGACCCCAACAUGUACAUCUGAUGAGGUGGAGUUGAUGUAGGCAGCUAAAUGACUUUUUUUGUUUUUGGAAGGACUGUGUUUUCAGUUAGACACUGUGUUUUCAGUUAGACACUGAGUUGAGUUUAUAAGUUUGUAAAUUAUGUAAAAACUUAGGAGAAACACAUUCCAUCAAUCAGAAAUUACUUGUAUCAAACAAACACCUAAAAUUUGUUGGACUGCAGAGAGGAGACCUCUUUCAUCACGUUAUCAGCAGGUUUGGAUGCAGUCAAGAGGAAGUAAAUUUUUUUUCCACACACUGAAGGUUCGCAUCCAUGUUUUACAAUUUCUUCAAACUCUUCAACCCAGAUUCAUUUAAUAAACUGAUGUUUUUCAGUAUUUACAACCAACCAUGAUUUCAAACCAUUUUGGAUUUCCCUUUAUUGACUUAGAUGUAACUAACAGUCAGACUUGAUAGAUUUUCAUCUGCUGUUUAGCUCUUUACCAACAUAAAGCUGCUAUAACCAGUGUUUUUAAUAACAAUAUAUCAAAUAACUGUGUUAAGAUUGAGGUUAGAAUACACCCGCUACUUCUUCAGAGCAGUCUGGACGCUACAGUGAGUUGCUUUCGGAAAGUGAUGAGACAGACCGAGCCACCGUAUCCUGGUUAGCGCGCUAAUAUCAGUAAAAGAAAAUUAGUGAUAGAAAGGAAGCAGAAGACUGGCAUUACUUUCCACCACUGGAGACCGCUCUUGGCAAGUAAAGGAAUGAAGUUUGAUGCUGAACUCACAUCAUUUCUUCAGCACUGGUAAGUAAACAGUAAGUAAACACUUUAACUGUAGCUAUGUAGCAAUAGCAAAAAUUUACAUACAGCACCUUUAAACCUACAGCUUCUGUAGGUCUGAAAGGCUGUAAAAUAUUUAUCUUUUUUCUUAUUAAUGUAGAAUUCUGUCAGUUGCAACAGAUAAUACAGCAUUACAUUUUACAAACUCUGUCUUAUCUUGAGAUAAGAUUUCAGUUUAAAUAUGUGAAUACAUCUUGUAAAUAGUAACUGAAUUGAUUUAUACACAAUAAAUGUAUAAAUUGACACUUUAAAGGUUUAACAGUCCCGGUUUCAUAAAAUAACUUUAAUAACUUCCGUGAUUAUAGCACAAAGGAAGAAAAUCAGUUACGAGCCGGCUGGUUGUAAAGGAGCUUUAAUAAACUGCAUUUUAAAGUUUGCAAGGCUUUAAAUUGUUUUUGACAUUAGCUUAUGAAAAAUAGCAGUGCUCUAUGCUCUUAAUCUUUUACUAAGAUUGUAGCAGUGAAUAGGCUGAAAAUUUAAGCUCAGCUGGAUUUGAGAUACAUGGACAAUUAUCCCCAAAGUCCAGCUCGUUUCUCACAAAUACGUCUGUGAGGCGUUUCGCAGGAUUGAUCAUACCAGCACAGGAGGUCUGACGCUCCUUCUUUCUCUCCCAUCCUCACACAGUCCUCUCCAUCAGUACCAUUUCCUUUCCAGUCAUCUGGUUCCCCUUUCCUCCAAAAACGCAGACUAAGAGAUGAAAAACAGAAAGAAGUGGAUCAGUAAAAACUUAUAGCUUAACUUUGAACAGGAAAUGGACAAGAUCAAACCUUGUGUUCAGUGGUGAGUCGUCCACACCAUUCACCCUCUGUCUUUGAGUCUGUCAGUCCGAUCCAGAACUUGUCAUCAGGAUUAUCCAUUUUUUCUCUCAGUCCAUACUCCAGGAAUUUCUGAAGAGGAAAAUAUUGAAUUAUAUAUAUAUAUUGAUUUAUAUAAAUAUAGAUUUACUCUGUGAGACUUUUCUGUGCUGAGAUGAUGAAACAUAAGGAUGUGAUAAAAUGUAAGAAUAUGAAUCUGCAGUAGUUUUUUAUACCUGCUCCUCUCUGCUGUCUAUCUUAACCAGGUCUCCAACUUGUUGGCAUAAAUGUCUGCUGAUUUCCCAGGAUGCAAUACCAGUGGAGAAAAAAUAACACUGUCCUCCAUGUUGCUCCCAGCCUGUUUCACAUGUCACAUAUGGCUCAUCUUUGAAGAGAUCACAACAAAGAAAUCACAUGUGAUUUGGAAGCAACAGGAAGUUAAAAGGAGGUGUUGGGGCCGGGGUUAUUUUUCCCAGCAGCAGCUCAGGUGCUCAGCUGUUCACACUGCAGACCUGUUCAGAAGUACUUCAGCUUCUGACCAGCUGGGAGUGAUAGUGAGUGCACUGUUCUCACUGCGAAAAUGAAUCCCAAUAACACACAGCCGGUGUGUCAUUCAAUCAGACAGAAACUGAACUUCUCAGGAGAGCAGCCUUUCAGAAGGUGAGUGUUCUGCAACUCCAAUUAAUGUGGUUAUGAGGCUACCAGCAACAGACUCAGUUCAACAACUUGGAAAAGUAGCUCAAACCAAAGCCACAGUAGUGAAUCUGUGAAGUGAGAAGAUGAAAAGGGACAGAUUCUCUGAUGACAGCAGAUGAUAUAACAUCUCCCACGUCAUCUGGGGUCACAAGUGACAUUGUUGGUAUAAAAUACUCAACCUGUGCAUGUGCACAAGGGAAGAUCCAGUGCUUAAAGCACUGCCUCUGGCAGUCAGGAGGGAUGAAAUAGAACUCCCACCUCUUCACCCACUUAUACCUUCACCUUCCUUUGGUCGUGUUAUUCUACAUCUUACCCACUUCCCUUUCCACCCUCCCUCUCCUGUAUCUUCCCUCCUUCACCUUUUCAUCCUUUCUUGACAUCCCACCAUCUCAUCCACAUGUCCUCUCUUUCUCUUUUUGUUCUUUACAUUUCCAUCCUUUUAUCCUUUAUGGCUAUUUCCCAUCCUUCUUCAUCUUCCUUCCUUCCAUCCACCUCUCCUGUACUUCAUCAUUCCUCCUCCUCCAUCCUCAACCUCUCCUCUUUUUCAUCUUUUCUUUACAUCCCCACUCUUCCAAUCCUUCCUUUUCCUUGAAGCCGCAUGUGCGCACACAUGCAUGCACACAUACAUGCACACACACACAUUCUUCAUGGGCAGCACGGUGGCUCUGUGUUUAGCACUGUGGCCCCACAGAAAAAAGAUGUUGACAUCUUCUCGAUUCUUCUUUCUGUGUGGAGUUUACAUGUUCUCCUCGUGUUUGCGUGGGUUUUCUCCGCGACCUCCGGUUUCCUCCCACACUCCAAAAACAUGAAAUUCAGGUGAAAUGAAUUCAAAUAAAAUUCAAUAAAAAAUAGAA